AUGGAAGGCGGUAAAAAAUCUAAUGAUGUGGACGUAUCAGCUGAAGGAAAUCUUUUACAACCGCCAAAAGAUGUUGCGACUUCCGCCAGAAAUCCUUUAAUGAAAGUGCGGACUUACGUAUUGGCGCUUCGACCGUGGUCUCUCAGUGGUAGUCUUCUACCGACACUCCUUGGGGCCGCAUUAGCAUACCGGUUGCCAGGAGAAAACGGAUUCAGCUGGUUUACAUUACUUCUUACAAUCUUUACAGUUAUCCCAGUCCACGGAGCAGGCAAUGUAGUAAACACGUACUUCGAUUUCGUCAAAGGAAUUGACAAUCGUAAAUCUGAUGACAGAACUUUAGUAGAUCAUAUUUUAAGUAUAGAUGAGGUAGUAUCUCUCGGAGCCAUCCUAUAUAUGUCUGGGUGUGUGUUUUUUGUUCUCUUAGUGAUUAUGUCUCCAGCCCAGAUGGAGCAUUUAGCUUUAGUAUAUUUUGGUGGGUUAUCCUCAUCGUUUUUAUACACUGGAGGUAUAGGUUUGAAGUAUAUUGCAUUGGGCGAUAUAAUUUAUCUAGUCAUAUUUGGUCCAGUUUCUGUUGUUUUUGCAUUCUUAGCCCAGACAGGGAGGGUGGUAUGGCCUAUAUUUUACUAUGCUGUACCAUUAGCUAUGAACACAGAGGCUAUUCUACACAGCAAUAAUACAAGAGAUUUAGAGACAGAUAGCAAAGCAGAAAUUGUUACAUUAGCUAUUCUAAUAGGAAAGACUGCUUCACAUUUGUUUUAUGCGUUUUUGUUGUUUACCCCUUACAUAAUGUUUGUAGUUUGUUCUGUAAGGUGCUCUUUUUGGUUUCUGCUCCCCAUGCUUACAUUGCAUCAAGCUUUUGAAAUUGAGAGAAGGUUUCGCCGGCCUGAUACUAUGCAAUAUGUGCCGAGACAAACAGCCAGAUUAAACUUCUACUUUGGAAUGUUAUAUGUAAUUGCUUGUCUUUUAGCAUCAAGGUUACCUUUCCUUAUUAGGGAUUGA